AUGAUAAACUGGGACAGUGGUAGAAAGAAUGAAGCACAUCAGAAGUUUCAUGAAGGACGUGGUCCAAUUGAGACGACAGCCCAUAAUAAGAACUUCACAGCUGCAGGUGGCCAAGGACAUAAAACUUCUUGGAAAACCGCCCUUUUUACAUCCACUAUUUGUGCAAAGCACUGUUCACCUGUAAGCAGAAGUUCCAUUCAAAUAUGCAAACAUACAUAUUUGUACAACGAAAAUUUGGAACAUUUGGAAAGUUACCUCGUCCACGCUGAAAACAAUGCUUUGAACCGUUGUGAAAGUGGGAUUGGAUUCGCCUUUCAGUCAAAUAUUUCUAAAACUCAGAGAUUCAAAAAUGAAGAUAAAAGGCCUAGGACGUCUCAAUUUGGGAAGUGCUUCACAGAGGAGGUGACCCUGCAACAUUACCAGAGCAUUUUCAAUGGAGAUACACUGGCUCAAUACAGUGAAUCUGAGACACAGUCUAACCAGGGCUCCCAUGUUAGCAAACGUCUGAGGACUCCUCUGCAAGAAAACCAUUUUGAAUCUAAUAAAGAUGAGCAAGUCUUUUAUCCAAACUCCAAAUGUACCAAGAGUAAGAGUACGCAGAGGGGAGAAAAUACUUCUAAGUAUGAUGAAUGUGGGAAAGCUCUGAAGCAGUCCUCCACAAAUGCAUACUGCAAAAAAAUUGACAAAUGUGAAGAAGGUGGUCAAACCAUUAAGCAUGGGUCAUCACUCCAUGCACACAGGCAAAUCCAUACUGCACAGAAACCUUACAAAUGUCAAGAAUGCAGCAAGGCCUUUAGCCAGCAAACAUCCCUUAGUCAACAUCACAGAAUCCACACUGGAGAGAAACCUCACAAAUGUCAAGAAUGUGGCAAGGCCAUUAGCUAGCAAUCAUCCCUUAGUCAACAUCACAGAAUCCACACUGGAGAGAAAUCUCACAAAUGUCAAGACUGUGGCAAGGACUUUAGUGAAUACUCAACCCUGACUCGGCAUCACAGAAUCCACACUGGUGAGAAACCUUACCAAUGUCAAGAAUGUGACAAAGCCUUUAUCCAGCACUCACACCUUAGUAAACAUCACAGAACUCAUACUGGAGAGAAACCUUAACAUGUCAAAUGUGGCAAGGCCUUUAAGGUAUACUCACAGCUUACUCGACAUGAGAGAAUUCAUGCCAGAGAGAAACCAUACAAAUGUCAAGAAUGUGGCAAGGCCUUUAGUGAGUACUCAAUCCUUACUCGACAUCACAGAAUUCAUACCAGACAGAAACCUUACCAAUGUAACAAAUGCAGCAAAACUCUUAAUUUCUGUUCUAGCGUUAUUCAGCAUCACAGAAUCCAUAUUGGAGAGAAACCUUACCAAUGUCAAGAAUGUGGCAAGGCCUUUAGGUUGCAGUCAAACCUUACUGAUCAUCACAGAAUUCAUACUGGACAGAAACCUUAACAAUGUAAGACAUGUGGCAAGGCCUUUACCAAACACUCAAAACUUACUCGACAUGACAAAAUUCACAGUUGA